UAGAUAUCGUAUCCGAUUGAUUGCCUUAAAAUGUAAUUAACGUGCCCUUGGGUCAGCUCCACAUCCAAACUCGGUUAUAUGGUAAAUAUUCUAGUAUUUAGCAAAGGUCAGCAAAAGUAAUUGUUUGAUAUGACUAAUUCUCAUAAACCUCUUUCUUAUUCGUAAGACUGAACGUCUUCUUUGGUGGUUUUUAGACCUACAUUGCUAUUACUGCUACUGUCACACCAGCUCAGGUCAUCGACUCGAAAAGUUGCUUUUUUAUCUUGUAAACAGUGUCAGAAAGCCAUAUCGGUAGUAAACGAAUUUCAAAUUACUCUUCUCUUUAGGGUUUUUGUGGGCCUGGCUCUGAUUCCUUGCUGUACUCGGUUUUUAUUACUCCUUCCAAAUUGUUCAUCUUUGUCUUCAGAAGAACAAUAAACAAAAAUUUAGAGGUUAAACAAAUUCACCAUGUCCAAUUCUUCUACUGCACCGUUUGCUCAUUCUGCAUUCGCUAGGUCUUUGUAUGAGAAUUCGACAGUAUCUCAAAAUGUCAGUAACUCAAGCACUUUGCUGAGUCAAAAUGAAAGCUUUUCUGCUCCCUUUCGGACGCGAACUGCUGCCACUUCAAAUAUCGAUGUUAAUGCACCUCCGCUGACUUCUUUAAAGGCAACGAGUCCCUUUAAAGCUCUUUCAAAUCGGCCAGGACAGACGGAAUCGAAAGGUGAAAAUAGAUUCGAUUCCAGCGUUUCAAAGAAGGCUGUAAGAAAUCCCUUAACUGAAAAGAAUAAUAUCUCUUCAUUUAAUCGGUUCGCAAAACCUGAACUCCUUGAGAAGCCCGGAGGCUAUUGGAGACAUCCAGCUUUGGAUACUGUUGAAAAAACUUUACAUGAUAAAACACCCUCUGACAGAACUUGGCACCGUUUGGUAACAAAUCUGUCCGCUUUCAUAUUGUUUCAUAUCUUUAAACAGUGGUUCAGUGCGACAAAGAUCGUUAUGGUCCGUUACAUAUUGCUUGCUUUGCAGGUAAUGUUCCUUUAUAACUUUGUUGAAGCACUUUGGCGGUUUAUUCGUCCUCGUGAAACAUUCAGAGACGUGAAUCUGACCCCGGGUCAGAGACAGUUAUUGGGCUUACCUGUUAGUCCUGGGGCAAGCACUGCCUUUCAGUAUUCAUCGCUUUCGGAUGACCAGAAAGAAACACCUGCUACACGACGUCGUACAUGAAUGGCUGCAACGAUGUACUAAUAAUAUUUGUAGAGGUAGACUAUUAUCGUUGGAAAAUGAACUGAAAGUGUCACAAAUCUUAGUUUUGAGUAUUAUUUACGCUUUGUUGCUCGUAGCGACAAAGUAUAUUUUCAUGAAUUUUGUUACAAUGAUAUAUAGUAACUUAUGAACCAAUUAGUUCCUCUAAAUAAUGAAGACUACGUUACUAUCAUUAACA